GGCUAUCCCCCUCCGAGUUCUUGACUUGAUUCUCCUGUUAUUGUCCUGCAAACCCACAUCCCUACAAAGCAGGAAAGUGUGCCUGGGAGAGGCCAUGUGAGUGGGGAGCCAGCCCAAAGCCAGGCUUCCAGGGUCUCCCUCACCUGAAGCUGACUUUUUCCCCACCUUGGGCAGAGGGCGGGAGAUGCCAUCCCCACUGAACCCAGUGCUUUCACCAGCCAUAUUAGCUCCCACCCACCCCCCUGUUGUGGAAGCCUCGGCUGUCACACCUGCAGGGCCGGGGCGUGCAUGGCCUCAGGGAUGGCCUGUUCAGCUGCUGAGUGACUCGGGUCCAGGUGCCUCACCACCUGCUGAGCUCUGUGUGCUUUCUGGGCACUUCUGCUCAUGGCCUUUGGGCUCAGUGAAGUGUCUGGAGUUUAUCUGGAGUGAGGUGGUCGGGUCUUGGUGAGAUCUGAGCAGGUCCCAGCUUCCAGGAUUGUGAGGUGAAGACGUGAAGGGACCCUGGAGGUCAUGAGGACCCAGGCACAGAGUGGUGGCCUCUCAUCCUCCCCAUGGUCAAGGAGGUCGGUGCCUUCCCGCGGUGGGUUAUGGAAGGUAGGAUCCUCCUUCUCUUCAGAGUCCAUUCAGGAGCAGGAAAGUUCAUCUCAGACCCUAAAUCCAGCCACGUCAUGCCACGCUUAACACCUCUAACAACUUCCCCCGGCACUUAGGACAGCAUCUGGCUCCUUCCCUCGGCUCGUGGCCCUCAGGGUCUGCAUCCCACACACCCCAGCUCUCCCGACGGUUCUCUGCACUCGCUGUUGCCUCUGCCUGGAACAGUCUUCCUCCUGGUGUCAUCGUCUCCGUGGUGCGUCCUUCCUGACCUUCCACCUCCACCAGGUGCCGACACUUCCCCGACCCGGGUAUCCUCUUCUUGCCGGUGGGUGAAUGCCACCUGCUGAUGUCUGAUUUAUUCAUUGGUUUUCUUGUCUGUUGUCUGUCCCCACCGGGGACAGGGACUGGAUACUCAUGUUCAUCCGGCAGACCGGACACUUUGUGGAGGGCUCCAAAGCUGGCACAUCCCGGGGCCUCCUCUGUCUCUCCCAGGCCCUGUGUGUUGCGGUGAGAGGAGCAUUUGUGUCUCUGUGGUUUGCUGCUGGAGCUAAUGACCUGGAGAGAAAUAAGGGAGACAAGGGUGUCCAGACAGGUGCGGGGCUCAGCCAGGAGGCAGAAGACGUGGAUGUGUCCCGGGCAGCGCCACCAGGCACUCUGUGUGGCACUGGGAACAGGAAUUCUGAGAGUCAGUCUGUAAGGGUGGCGGGCAUUGCUCCCCUGGGAGAAGCCUUUCCAGUGGGCGUUGAGCAGGCCGUUAGCUCGUGCCCUGAGGAGGUGCAUGGGUGGCCUGGGGUCUCCACGGAAAUUACGUGGGCGCACAUGGGUGUGGCUCUGCGUUCACGUGGGCGAGGACUUCUGGCCGGUGCCAGGGCACUCUGCAUGACCCUGGCAGAAUCAAGCUCUCCCGACUGUGGAAGGGGAAGAAGAGCAUGCGUGACCCCCCACCAGCACCGCACCCCUCACUGCUCCACCUGGGGUGCCUCUGGGGUGGCUGGGUCCUGGUUGACUGUUGUGACAGUUGAGGCCAGGGGUGGGUGGGGCAUGGGAGUUAAGAGGACUGGCCAGGUGGGGCACACCGUGCGCCCACCCCCAGUGUCAGGAACUUCCCUCCUCCUCCACCCCCUCAUACUCCUCCUCCUCAUCAUCCUCACUUGUUGAGGACGUCCUGUGUGCCCGCUGGUUUAUAUGCCCAGCCUCAUUUAAUCCUCAGAAUAACUCCAUGAGGUAGCUACUAAAACCCCCCACUUAACAGAUGAGGAAACUGAGGCCCAAAGAAGCUCAGCAAGUUGCCUAAGGUCCAAGUUUCCUCUCCCAACUCUCCUACCCUCUCCUCUUCCUUCUCCUCUCUCCCAUUCUUCCCUGCCUCUUCCUUAACUAGACAAUGUUUUAUCGAGCAUCUCCCAUGUGCAGGCAUGAGCCAGGUGCUGGGAAGAUCACGAUGAUCCAGCUCCUUCUGGUCCUUUCCUUAGCUGGUUAGAGGCUGGGAGGACACGCAAGUUCAGCUCCAGCCGACCGGGGCAUUGAUGGUAGCCCCUGGAGAACUUGUGCAAUGGGGCUAUGAGGCUGAAUCUGGCUCCAGGAAAGCAUGUUGCAAUCCACGAGUGAUGUUUGCCAUGCACACAGGCAUGGAGAGUGAGGCACCUGUGCUGUCUUCUCGUAGACCCUAGACUGGUGGGGCCUCUGAAACGCACCCAGACACUGUGCUGGGUGUGCUGCAUAGCCCUCCUAACCAAUUCAGUAUUUUUCUCUCCAUUUUCCAGGGAGAAAUCAGAAUCUAAGGUGUCAGAAUGUAAGGUUCCUGUUGGAACCCAGGCUCCAGGGUCCCUGGUUUUCUGUGACAUCAUGCUGCAGGACCCUGUUUCUCUCUUUGCUUUGGCUGCUGGGUAGCUCGGAAGGGAGCGUUAGGCUUGCUCUCAGCCACUACAUUAGCUCAGGGGUUUGGGCAUUUUUGUCACCGGCUCCUUUGGGCUCUUUGUCCUCCCUGCUGUGCUUCCCGAGGAGCAGGCCGGAUGUAAGUUAUCAGCUAUAAAUAAAACCAAGACUUCCGUUCUGGCUCUCA